AUGGAGCCCAGAAAGUUUGCUGUGGUGAGGUGGCUGGAGGGGGAGGACUACGGGAAGCUAAGUGACUUACGAACAGAAGCAAUUCUCAAGUAUGAGGAUGAUAAAAUGGAUCAGGAGGGAAAUCCAAAAAACCCUUACAGUGCAUACAUCGAAUGGUGCCACGGGAGAAAACACAAGGGAGGGUGGCCUCACUUCAAGGCCAGUAUCCUUUUUGUUGCCGCAAACCGAUAUGAGAACUCUAUGAAACUAAAUUCACUUCUUGAAGUUGCAACAAAACCACCACAGCCUCUGACAAAAAGGGUGUGUGUGCCCCCCGCAAGGUUCCGUGAAGAAUCAGAGGACGACGACUCAACUGACAUUGAAGCGGAGCCACUUCAGGCAAAGAAGUCAAAGGUGGUCAACCCUGCUGAGCAGUUCCUCAACCUAUAUGGCCAUGGACAGCAAGCUCGACAUGGGGAGGAAAAUGCGGACUUGCAAAAAACUAUCAUCGCGUUAAAGCAGGAGGUCAAGGACCUAAAGGAGGAGAAUGCUAAGUGGAAAGAGAUGGUCCUUCAAGAUGUGCCCGGGUUAAUUUAUGCAAUGAGAAACAUCAUCAACUCAAAGGACACUCCUUCCUCAUCACCACACUCAUCCACUUCGCUAACCACACCUGAAGUGGCUCCUCAGUCUCAGUCUCCAGUGGCAUCAACUCAGUCUCAGUCUUCAGUGGCAUCAACUCAGUCUCAGUCUUCAGUGGCAUCAACUCAGUCUCAGUCUCCAGUGGCAUCAACUGCCCAGCCAUUGAAGGUGGAGAUCUACCCAGGGUCUGGAGUGUUCAUUGAUAAGCUGGCAUGGACAUAUGCUGAAAACUCAAAUACAGCCACUGUCUUUGUCAGGCACUUGCUUGUGGCAGUGUUUCCACUUGAGACACUGCUGGUAAGCAAUCUCCGUGGCACGAACAGAGGUGGCGCAGAUUCUCGGGUCCCACUCGAUAAACUAAAAGUGGACGCCAUCUACAGUGCUACAAUUCAGCGGUUCCCGCACACGCCAUUGGCAACGAUUGGCACGGCGAUCAACGCCAAAAUAACGGAGCUCAGGGCCAAAAAUAAGUCACAUAUGUAAAAGGGCGCGUUUGUUAAAGGGGUAGUUCACUAUUUUUCACAUG